UUAUUAUUUUUAAGUAUAGCAGAAUAGAACAUAUUUCAGCAGAAUAGAGCAGAACAGGUCAAACACAUGAGCACACGAGCACAACCCAACACACCCCUUUGCCAUCUUUGGUCACAAUUCCUAGUCCAUCAUUUUUGAAAGCGUAGUGUCUUCACGCUAGCGUAGUAAAGAAGCCUACAAAACAUAAUUUCCGAGUUUGUUUUAGUUUCUGGGACAGUAGAAGUUAUAGAACACUUUCUAAAAAAAAAAAAAAAAAAAAAAAAAAAAAAAAAAGAAAAAGAAAAAAGAAGUUAUAGAACAUACUUCGAGGUUCGUUGAGAAAGGACCCUGAGAGCCUAAGCGCCAUUUGCCAGUUACAGUCGUCGGCAAAAUCCACAACUCCGGCGUUCAAUUUCCAUCAAAGACACAAACUUUUCAUUGGUAUUUUCGCAGCAAAGAACAAAUUUUAAUCCCGAAGCAAAUCUAGUAAGCGAUUCUACUCUUCAAAUCGCUGCUAAAUUACCCAUCUUUUCGGUUUUUCUGUGCAUAAUUUGCCCAUUUGAUGCAAUUUGAUUGAUUGGUAUAGUUAAGGUUUAACAUUUUUCAUGAUUUCUUUCAUUGUUAAAUCAAAUAGUAGUUUAUUUGCCCUAAUAUUAUGAGGGUUUGAACCUUUGAAUUGAAGAACAAGAACAAGAACAAAUUUUGUGACAUGGGUGAUUUUUAUAAUUUCAAUUAUACUUCAAGAUUAGUCCCUCCUUUAUCAAAAUCGCAAUACCCAGAAAGCAUACAGCGUGGAAAUCAAGGGAAAAGUAGUUUCCCAACUUACCUUGAUGUUCCUUAUGUGACCCCUAGAACUAGAAUUCUAUGUGAUAUUAUUUAUGGAACCCCGGUAUCGGAUAUCGAAGCUGCGUUGAUUAGUAGUGCCAUCACCCCUAGCCCCGAGCUUGUCGAGGAGGUGCUUAAGCUCUCCUAUGGUAGCCCUGAUGCUGCUGUGAGCUUCUUUCGUUGGGCGGGGCUUGCUCAUAAACCGUCCGUUUAUGCUUGGAAUUUGAUGGUUGAUUUGCUAGGGAAGAAUAAGAUGUUUGAUCAAUUAUGGGCUGCUAUUAGGUCUAUGAAGGAAGAGGGGUUAAUUUCACUUCCCACCUUUGUGUCUGUUUUUGGGAACUAUUGUGCGGUUGGGAAAUUUGAUGAUGCUAUUAUGACGUUUGAUGUGAUGGAGAAGUAUGGGGUUGAGCCUGAUGUGGUUGCAGUGAACUCCUUGUUGAGUGCUAUUUGUCAAGAGAAGGAUCAAACUCAAAGGGCUUACAAUUUCUUUGACAAAAUUAAGGUGAAGGUUCCACCGGAUGGGGAUACCUUUGCUAUUUUGUUAGAGGGUUGGGAAAAAGAGGGCAAUGUUUCCAAGGCUAAGACCACGUUUGGGGAGAUGGUGGUUCGUGUUGGUUGGGAUGAGAAGAACAUGGCGGCAUACAAUGCUUUUUUGAUGACUCUUGUUCGUGGAUCACAAGUUGAUGAAGCUGUCAAGUUUCUCAAAGUUAUGAAAGGGAAAGGCUGCUUACCAGGUUUGAAAUUCUUUACUAAUGCUCUUGAUAUUCUUGUUAAGCAGAAUGAUUCAACCCAUGCUGUACCUUUGUGGGAUACGAUGGUGGGUAGCGGCAUAAUGCCCAAUUUGAUCACGUUUAAUGCCAUGAUUGGUCUGCUGUGCAACAACAAUGAUGUGGACAAUGCAUUCCGCUUUCUUGAUGAGAUGCCAUUUUAUGGAGUCUUCCCUGACUUGCUAACUUAUAAUAUGAUCUUCGAAUGUCUGGUAAAGAGCAAGAAGGUUCGUGAGGUGGCCAGCUUUUUCAAAGAGAUGACAAAGAAUGAAGUCUCUCCUACAGUGGCUAAUUGUGCUGCAGCUAUUGAGAUGCUAUUUGAACGUGAUGAUCCAGAGACAGGGGUUGAGAUUUGGAACUUUGUUCUUGCUAAUAGAGUGAUGCCUGUUGAUGAAUGUGCUAAUGUGCUCCUCGUGGGGCUGUGUAAGGUUGGCCGUUUCUCAGAGUUGAAGAGGUUUGCCUAUGAUAUGUUGGAUCAGAGGAUUAUUAUUUAUGAAUCCACAAUGAGGACAUUGCAAAAGAUCUUCUACAAAGAGGGCAGGAGUGCAAGAGAUACUUACGACAGCCUUGAGAGGAGGUGGAAAGCUUCAUACUUAAGAUAGUCUUGCGAGGAGGUGGAAAGCUUCAUACUAGUGACUCUCUCUCUCUCUCUCUCUCUCUCUCUCUGCCAUCCCCCUUCUGUUAUUCUAUCAAGCAGCAUUUAAGUAGUUCUUCUCCAUUUUCUAUGCAGUUGAGGCUGUAAUUGAAAAGGCUUUUUUGAUAUAAGGUUAUUUCUUUUGUUUAUUAAUUUGGUAAAACUUUUCCUGUUUUGCUCCCCCUAAUUAUCUUUUUGUCCUUUUUCUAUUCAAAUUCUACUCGUGAACGCUGAAAGGUUAUACUUUACGUAUGUUUACAACUA